UCGAAUAAUUAAAAAUAACAAUUAAAAGAACCCCCAAAAAACCCCCAAGGAACCAGGAAAAAUAAACAAGCUUAUAAAAAUAUAGUAUAAAAGGCAAAAGUUUUAUGAUUCUCGUCUCUUACUCUUCGUCUCCACAAACAACAAUGAACCUUCUACCAGCCGAGACAAACCUUGAUAUCCUUAAAUGCCUCGACUUCAACCAAUUAAACAACUGCCAACUGUCAAAUCGCCGUUUUUCUGAAGUGAUCGUCAACUACAACGAAGAAUUGGCUACAAUAAAAGUGUUUUAUUCUGUUGAGUUGAUUGUUUGGAAAAAUUGUAGGUUUUUUCUGAUUAUUAGUUAA